GCUUUGGCAUGGUAUAAAAGGGACUUGUCCUACCUGGAGCUACAAUCGAAGCAAAUCCACUAGAGCGAUUCAUUGGGCUGCCUUCAGCAAAGGCCAGUAACAAUGGCAUCCUCCAGCAACCAGCAUCAGUCCAAGCAAGCCGCCUCUCUGCCUGCAGAGCUGAGCAAACACACCAAGGAGCCCCAAGCGACAGCUGAGCCACCUUCUCAGGAGAAACAGCCAUGCAAGGAACCACCCAUCGCAGCCCACCCGUCAGAGCCUUCCAAGGAGAAGGCCCCCGGCAAGGAGAUACCGGUGGUGGUCACCCCGUUGCCAGCCCACCAAGUGGCACCAUCAACCCAAGAGAAGCACCCAGUGAGCGCUCCAGAGCAAGCACCUCAUGAGAGGGCACCAGGCAAGGAGACACAAGCCACUCAGGAGAAGCAACCAGCCAAGGAACCACAAGUGGCUCACGAGAGGGCACCAGGCAAGGAGACACAAGCCACUCAGGAGAAAGUACCAGCCAAGGAGCCACAAGUUGCUCAUGAGAGGGCACCAGGCAAGGAGACACAAGCCACUCAGGAGAAAGUACCAGCCAAGGAGCCACAAGUUGCUCAUGAGAGGGCACCAGGCAAGGAGCCACAAGCCACUCAGGAGAGGGUACCAGCCAAGGAGCCACAAGUUGCUCAUGAGAGGGCACCAUGCAAGGAGCCACAAGCCACUCAGGAGCGAGUACCAGCCAAGGAGCCACAAGUUGCUCAUGAGAGGGCACCAGGCAAGGAGCCACAAGCUACUCAGGAGAGGACACCAGCCAAGGAGCCACAAGUUGCUCAUGAGAGGGCACCAGGCAAGGAGCCACAAGCUACUCAGGAGAGGACACCAGCCAAGGAACCACAAGUUGCUCAUGAGAGGGCACCAAGCAAGGAGACACAAGCCACUCAGGAGCGAGUACCAGCCAAAGAGCCACAAGUUGCUCAUGAGAGGGCACCGGGCAAGGAGACACAAGCCACUCAGGAGCGAGUACCAGCCAAAGAGCCACAAGUUGCUCAUGAGAGGGCACCGGGCAAGGAGACACAAGCCACUCAGGAGAGGACACCAGCCAAGGAGACACAAACCACUCAGGAGAAGGUCCCGAGCAAAGCGCCACCAUGUGCACCCUGUGACCAAGAGAAAGCACCGGGCAAGCAUGCACUUUCAACUACCCAGGACAAGGCUCCAUGCAAGGAGAUACCUGAGCCAUCCAAGGAGCCACAAGCUGCCACUCAAGAGAGGGGGGCAGGGAAGGAGCCACAAGCUGCCGCUCAAGAGAGGGGGGCAGGGAAGGAGCCACAAUCUGCCGCUCAGGAGCGGGGAGCGGGCAAGGAGCCACAAGCCGCCACUCAGGAGAGGGGAGCCGGUAAGGAGCCCCAAGCUGCCACUCAGGAGAAGGCCCCGGGCAAGGAGAUACCUGUCGUGGUUGUCCCCGAGAAGAAGCCUCCAAGCAAGGAACCGACCGAGGCCAAAGGCCAACCUCCCCUCGACCAUCAGCAAAGGAAGCACACCUCUCCGUGGCCUCUCCAGAAUAAGUAAGCGAGGAAGAUACCAAACGGUCUCGGAAGGAGAAGAUC